AUGCAUGCGUGUCAACGAGCAUACCGGGGGGGAGAUUCGUGGACCAUUGUGGACCAAGUUAUUUGGCAUCCAAAAUCCGAAGAGGUUCUUGGCUUAUACAUGGGCGGACAGGUGUUUAAAUGGAAUCCUCAGACAAAUGCGCAGCAGGAGUUGGACGCAGAAGGAUCUGUUCUUGCGUGUAGUGCCGAGGGCAAGUUCUUUGCCGUGGGUGGCAGUCAUGGAACAAUAAAGCUGUACAACUUUCAACAUUUCAGCAUGAUUUACAGGCUUUCCUAUGAUCAAAGCAUCACGCGGAUUUGUUUCAGUGCUGAUAGUAAGCGGCUUUAUGACAUUCGUGUACCAUGGUGUAAUAUCUGGGAGCCGAGUGCAAUUGCUUCAGGGGAAGAUCAUGAGGACGAGAGUGAUUUGGGAGGUGAAGCAGCCAGCAUCGCAACAACAAAUGUUUCUGAAAGCUUAGCGGAGGUGCGCGCACGGACCACGGCAAUUGCUGUUGAUCCCAGAGGGAGAUGUCACGCGACUGGCAAUGAGGAUGGCGUUGUCAGCAUGAUAUGCCCUUCAGAUGGCAAAAUGGAAGCGUUUGAGCUCUGGAGAUCAUCUUUCCAGUUGCCAAUCGCACAUCUAGAUCGGUCUUCUGAUGGUAAACUUCUCGCAUGUGUUGAAAUGGCCAGCCGGGUGGUUGUGAACCGAGUCUUCCGAGAUAUGACCGGAACAUUUGCUAUUCAACCUGUUUUUCGAGAUGACGUUGAUCUCAACCAUGGAGCUAUUGACCAGGUACUGCUCAAUAGCAAUGGGGCGAUGAUUCUGAUCAAACAUGGGUCUUCGGUUGACAUUCAACCUGUGAACUUGACUCCAGCCAACGGGUUGUCUUUCAAAAUCCAAUCUCCAGACACAAGGUGGAGAAACCAUCCAACAAACCAUGAAUUACUUCUCGCCGUUAGCUCCACCACUCUCUGUGUUCAUAGAUGGGACGAUCUGUCUCAAGUCACCUCCAUGAACUUCACGACCCCUACAGAUUUACUCACAAGGUUAGAUCCCGAUGUGACUGUCAGUCUCACCAAUCUUGAUUUACGCCGCAAAGUUCAUGGGAGUGUUCAGCGCCUCUGUACAUCGGGUCCAUUCUUGCUUGUCCAUAUGGUGCUUCCAACAAACCUUAACGGAGAAAAUUACACAUCUUGGAUCGAAUUUCCUGACAGUGUGGGCACUCCUUGCUCGAUCACUAUCCCAGAAGAAAUUCAACGUCAAAUCAGGCUCCCUCUUGGGUUCCUUCCACAGAAGCGCAUCGUUUUCCUUGACAAGAAAUACUGGAUCUGCUCUUGGAGCCUCGACUUUAACCCAAACUCUGGCCAGAUUUGCGAUGGAGGAAUUCCUGCUUGUAGCAAUUGUGCUCGGGCGCAUGUUUCCUGUAUCGAUGUCCACACAGGCAACAAUGACUUAUCUAUUCCAAGAGACUUUGCAGCCAACUGCCGUGCCCGAAUCAAAUGGCUAGAGCAGCAAAUAACCACGAUGGAUCCUAAUUUUGAUCUCUCUCGGGGACCCAAUGUGGAUCUUCAUUUUUUGGAAAAUACGACGAAUCAAUCAAGUGAAGCGGGAAGAGCUUAUGAGACGCCUGCAGAGCCCCAAGUGGAGGUUUUAGACAAGGCCUUCCCGGCGGAGUCUACCGCUAAUAAACGCUCACAUUCCUCGAUGGAAUCAGGGAGCACGUCACCUAUUUCGGCUAAGGUCCGGUCUGUGGCAAUUGAUCUCGGCAUGCUCUCUUUGCAGUCAGAUUCGCGGCAACGCCAUUACCUUGGAUCCUCAUCUGGAUUGUUAUUUACUAAGCUCCUGGGGCUAGGUAAUGAAAGGUGUCAUGGGAACAGUGCUUUUCGCACAAGGCGAUCAAACACAUCAAAAGUUUCGGAUGAAAUCUACAAAAAUUUGUAUUAUGAGCUAGAGAGAGAACUACCAUCUCCAGAGGAGGCAUGUACUCUAUUGGAAGUCUACUUCCAAAAUGUUCAAGUCGAACUUCCUUUCAUGCAUCCCCAAUCUAUCUUAAACGUCUAUGAUGCCUUGCUUUCAUGUGUCAAACAUGGAUAUGACGGUUCCACGGAUCAAAAUGGGUGGACGUGCAGGACAGAUGACUUUCCAUAUAAUGGCAGGUUCGAUACCUCAAUAAGUCGCAAUGCAACACCUAUAUCUAUCUUCACCGGUGUAUUACAUCUGUUCAUGGUUUUCUCUAUCGCUGCAACACUCCUGACCAGGAAAAAUAAUUAUGAUCACUCUCCAGCUCGGUUUCAAGGUUUUGCUAUGUCAACUGCGUCAGAGGCCCUUGCCGGGAUUUCAGUGACCUCUUUACAAGCAAUCUUGCUGCUUGCUGUACAAGGCAUUAUUGAACCAGCAGGCGUGAAUAUCUGGACUCUAUCGCAUAUUGCAAUGUCUCACUGUGUUGAUCUCGGAAUGCACCGAGAACCGGAGGGCUCAGAAGUAUCUGGGGUGACUGUAACAGUUUCGAGACUCAUCUUUUUCUCAGUAUACUCCCUGGACCGGUCUGUCGCGACCAUUCAGGGUCGUCCUCUUGGGAUCAGAGAUGAGACCUUUGACAUUCAGCCAGCAAGAAUAACUGAAAUUACUGAGAUGAUGACACUCUCAGUUGGAGCGCUCCCCAUCAAACUUGCCUCAAACGCAACCCUGAGCUUCACCAUAAGCAAGUUUUGCUUGGAUCGUCACAUCUCCGACAUCAAGCUUAUCCUCUAUCACCUCCCUACUAGAAGCAAAAUCUUUCUUUGGCCAACAAAUAUUCCAGAGAUCCAAAGUCGCCUAAAUCUCGACCUUGAACAAUGGCUAGCUAAUGUUCAGAUGGUCGACCCACCACAGAAUGUGGAUGAAGAGGAGCGAGUUCAAUUUGAAACAGAAAAAAUGAAGCAUGAGCAGCUUUACCACUCUGCAAUUACCCUGUUAUUCCAGCCAUCGCAGGCUUUUCCAUGCCCAAGAGAAAGUGCAUUGUUGAAAUGCUAUCGCAGCUGCAGUCGUCGACUCCAAAUCUACGAUAUACUCAGCAACAACAAUUCUCUUUCCUAUGAUUGGCGCAACAUUCAUGGCAUCUUCUCAUCUGGUGCAACGAUCGUGUACUGUGCGUGGGUGUCGCGGGAAGUCCAGCGAACAAUUCCCCUGUCAAAGUUGCUACGUGAUUUGAGGAUAUGCUCAAAUCACCUCAGUAUCGGAAGCCAAUGGUGGCCUUCUGUAAAGAAUGGCAAGCGGAAUUUUGAAACUAUGAUAGACUUGGUCAUUAAACACUUUGACGAGCUAAGACUACAAGAGCUCGCCCUUCCCCCUCAUCAAAAGCGUCGACAUAUAGAUGGUGAGCAAAGCAUAGUCACAAAAACACCUUCCCUAAUGAAUGAGUUGGGCUCGGAUAUAGCAAAUCCUGAGUCUAUUCAUCAAGACAUACACAAUAUCCAACCUCAAGGUUCAGUUAUGGACGAUCAAGCAUAUGAGUCUGGCAGUAAGUUUUAUCAAAAUCCACAUUUUCCAUUAUCUGGCCCAAAUACGUGGGCAAUCCCACAGGCCAAUCCGUCGAGUGUUUUCCUUGAGGCUUCUUUAUUUAAUGACUAUAUCGCAGCCACCGAGCCCCAUCUCCCCCUUGAAGAUGAGCAGAUAUCCCCGUUUACCAAUGAUCAAUUUCAUCUCCCUGACACACCGUCCAUAGAGGUGGCCAUGGAAAGUUUCAUGGCAGAGUUUUUGCACGAUGACUGGGGCUGGGACCCAUUUCCAACUCUUUGA